AUGUCCCACAUCAACACAAAUAUAUCGCCUCUUGACAUCCCUCAUAUCAUCGAAAACAUUGCCCAGUAUCUAUUGCCUCAAGAUUUGGCAAAAUGUCUCUCGGUUUGCAAGGAUUGGUCAUGGAACUUCGCUCCGGUUCUUUGGAGAGAACCAAAGAUUGUGAACUCAAAUGACUGGCAGUUCAGGGCACUGAAUUGUUAUCAAAAACACAUACGCAUACUUCAUACCAGCCUCUUUGAUCCCAUGACGAUUGACUCUCUUCGCCAGUGGCCGUGGCCUUCCCUCAACAUCCAAAAACUGGUGUAUGUACAUGUACGGAACUAUGAGCUUUCUUAUUCCCAGUCACUCGAGAUUUUGCAGUGGUUGUCAACGUUGACAUCACUUGAAACAUUAGAAUUAAUCGUAGCCCAGAAUGAACAACCGUUACUGUUUGACCAAAUGGCCCAUGUUCUUUCGACCUCGUUCCCCAACUUGCGGAACAUGGUAUUGAUGCCUGUGGUAUGCUCCAUGCGAGAUAUUUAUCAGAUUGUGAAAGCAUGCUCGAGGUGUGAGUACGUUCUGAUUCGUCCGAGUGCGAUAUACAAAAAUGACGCAUCUGACGAGGUGGAUAUUUCCAGAAAGACGCUGGAAGAAAUGCCGUCUACUAAUAUUCGACGGCUUUGCCUGAAUAUAAACGGUAUGAGUAGAGAGUUCCCGUUUGUAGCCUUGUUGAGAAAAUGUCCGUUACUACAGGAGUUGACUAUUGAGGGGAAGCAUGAUCCGGAGCUCUUUAGGGACCUGACCAUGAUGAUCAAAGGAAAAGAACUCUCACAGCUUAAAUGCCUUCACUUGGUAGUCUACGAUUGGACUUACGACCAGGAGAGCCUCGUGAUUGAAUUGUUCAGGUUCACAGAUCCGAUAUUUGACAGUCAUGGUGGAACGGAUACCUUGAAGAAUGAUAGGCUGCGCAGUUACAACAAUAGCAAAACAAAUGACGGCAACAGUAAUAGCGAGGCCAAAAGUGGCCUUGAGUCUCUUAGGAUGCAUUUGGGAUUAUAA